AUGACCUACAAACUCUACUACUUCAACGGCCGCGGCGUCGCCGAGCCGGCCAGACAGCUGUUCAAGCUCGCCGGCAAGGAAUUCGAGGAUGUGCGAUACACGCACGACACCUGGCCAGCCCACAAGUCCGAGCAGCCCUUCGGACAGCUGCCCGUCCUCGAGGUGAACGGCCACAAGAUCGCCCAAUCCGGCGCCAUCUUCCGCUACUUGGCCAAGGAGUUCCAUCUUGGAGGCAAGGACCACAUUGAGCAAGCCCUCGUCGACUCGUUCUUCGAGCUGUACAAGGACUACGUUUCGGAGGCCCGCAACUUCUUCUACAUUGCCCGCGGUAUGCGCGAGGGCAACAAGGAAGAGGCCCACGAGAAGGAAUACGUGCCCGCCCGCGACAAGUUCUUCGGGGCCCUCGAGAAGCAGCUGAAGAACAACGAUUCUGGAUUCUUGGUUGGAUCCAAUGCCACCUAUGUUGAUCUUCAAGUGGCUGAUCAUGUUCACUCCGUGUUGGCACUUAACGCCCACGAGCUCGACCAGUUUCCGGAGGUCCUGAAACACCACAAGAAAAUCGAAGCCCUUCCCCAGAUCGCCAAGUGGAUCAAGGAACGCCCAGCUUCCGAUUUC